GCUCCUCCGCUGUGCGUGCGAAGGACGUCGGGGGCGGCGCCGCGGCAGUUGCCCCUGGUAACGGGGGAGGCUGCAGGAGGAGGAGGAGGGAUUCGGCGGGAGGAUGGGCUUACUUUCAAUUUUGCGCAAAUUGAAAAGCGCGCCGGACCAGGAGGUGAGAAUCCUUCUCCUGGGCUUGGAUAAUGCUGGCAAGACAACUCUUCUGAAGCAGCUUGCAUCGGAGGACAUCAGCCACAUCACUCCUACACAGGGUUUUAACAUCAAGAGUGUACAGUCACAAGGUUUUAAACUGAAUGUGUGGGACAUCGGUGGCCAGAGGAAAAUCAGACCAUACUGGAGGAAUUACUUUGAAAAUACAGAUAUUCUCAUAUAUGUAAUCGACAGUGCAGACAGAAAAAGAUUUGAAGAAACAGGUCAGGAACUCGCUGAAUUACUGGAAGAAGAAAAGCUAAGCUGUGUGCCGGUUCUCAUCUUCGCUAACAAGCAGGACCUGCUGACGGCGGCCCCAGCCUCUGAAAUUGCAGAAGGCCUGAACCUGCACACCAUCCGUGACCGAGUCUGGCAGAUCCAGUCUUGCUCCGCUCUCACGGGAGAGGGCAUUCAGGAUGGCAUGAACUGGGUGUGCAAAAAUGUCAACGCCAAGAAGAAAUAAAAUCGAGACCAAUGGAGGCGCAGGAGCUGCGGGAGCCGGAUUCGGUCCUGAAAAACACUGAUUUGCUGCUUUCUGACCAAAUGUUUUUCCAUCUGUGUGCAGCUACAGCUGUUUGAAGAGAGGGAACAACAACACAGCUCGAAAAGAAUGCCCGUCCCAGCAGUAGGUUUAACUAAUCUCUGAGGUUCAGUAUCAUUUUUCAAAUAAAGGAAUUAUACUAUUUCCUCUGCAUAA